AAUCACAGUAUUUCUGUUUAUUUCGUUUAGGUCUGCCGUGUUAUUAUUAAUUAUUGGCCAUAGAUAGGUGACAAAUACAAUCCUUUUGUGUGGAAGAUGGAUUCUGAGGAGAACAGAAAUCCGAUUCUACACGUUGUUGUCGUGGGCUUCCAUCACAAGCGAGGAUGUCAGGUGGAGUAUGCCUACCCUCCGUUCUUCGAGGGAGACGCCGUCGACAGCCACGAAUUGCCCGACGAGUGGCGCCACCUGCCGUCGCUCGCGAUCCCCGACGGCGCACACAACUUCCUCGAGGACUCCGUCUUCUUCCACCUUCCGUCGCGCGAGAGCGCCCGCAAGACCGUCUUCGGCGUGUCCUGCUACCGGCAGAUCGCCGCGUCCGAGCUGCGCGCCGUUGCCGCCGACGUCACGCGCGCGACCGUGCAGAAGAGCGUCUGCGUGCUCACGCGCGCGCCUCUCUACGGCGUCGUUCGCGCAAAGCUCGAGCUCAUCACGCACGCGUACUUCGACGAGCUCGACUUCUCGCGGCGAGGGCUCCUCGAGGAGACCUACCGCAACCUGAGCGCCGGGUUUGCGGCCGGCGUCGUCGAGACGUCGUCGCCCGCGCUCGGGCUGUCGGCGCGCGAGCUCGUCACGCGGUACCGACACCGGCUACUCGCUCUCUUUAAGCUGCUCAUGCUUGAGCGACGCGUGCUGUUUUUCGGCGCGCCCGUGCGCACGCUGUCGGGGACCGUGCUCGCGCUUGUCUCGCUGUUCCCCGGCGCGCUGGAGAUGGGAAUGGAUGAGGCGGCGUACGUGCGGCCGCGCGCCGCCGCCGACGCGCCCGAGGCGAGUGCAGAGUGGGGAGAGUCGACGACGCGGCGGCGGGAGGCGAGUGUAGAGUGGGGAGAGUCGACGACACGGAGGCGGGAGGCAAGGACGCGGCGGCGGGAGGUGAGUGCAGGAGUGGGGAGAGUCGACGACGCGGCGGCGGGAGGCAAGGACGCGGCGGCGGGAGGCGAGGACGCGGCGGGGAGAGUCGACGAGAUCAACGAUCAAAUGGACACGAUGGAAUCCGACGACGCGAGACAUCCGAACGGCCCCGCAGGUGGCGCCGGCAUCAACGCGGACGCGCGCGGGGGGAAGCGCGGGCACGAGGGCAGCACCGACAGCGGCAUCGACUCUCAGUGCAUCGACACGCCGGACCACCCUCCCCCGCCGACGCAGCAGCAGGGCAAUGCGACUCGGGGGAGGAGGUCGGACGAGGAGGAGGAGGAGGAGGAGGGAGGACGUUCGAACGACCGGACGCUCGCCGUAUCCAACGCUUCCUUCCGUCCGCUCGGCUCCACGCAGGAGUUGGACCAGCUGGACGAUCUCACGAUCGAACAAGCGGCGGACAUGUACGCGGCGCCCUCUGGCGACGCCGUCGCGGCGAGCAACGGCGACAGGGCGUCGCCCGCGUGGGAAGCCGAGCGAUUCGUCGAGGACACAGAGACGGAGGUGCCCCCUGGCGGCAGCGGCGGCGGCGUCCCGCGCUCGGACAGCCAGCUGAGCCUGUCGGCGAGACUCAAGGCGAACUCUCUCGUCGGGCGCCUCGCGUCCGCCAUGUCCUCCUCCUCCUCGUCGGAUGGUCGCCACGACGACGACGCUCCCGCCGCGUCGGCGGAAGACGUGGAGUCGCUCUCGCUGGAGGACUGCGGGUUUCCUCUGGACAUGUUCGGCCGCGGCGCCGUCUGCCACCCGUACAUGAGUCUCUCGCACCUCGACCUCGCCGCCGACCCCGCCGUGACCUCGCUCGUCGGCGGCGCCACCAACGGCCUCUUCCGACACAAGCGCAAGCUGUUCGACGUCGUCGUCGACGUCGUCGCCGCGGACGACGGCGCGGCGGCGGCGCGCGUGGACGUCGUCGACCCCGACCUCGGGCGUCUGAUCGCGCUCACCGCCGCCGACCUGCGAUUCGCCGACCGCCUCGUGCGCACGGUCGCCGACGCCGAUGGCGAUGACUCGCUGUGGGAGGGCGGCGACGAGUGGAUACGGCUGCAGUUCAAGUGGUACCUCGUCGCCCUGCUGAGCACGUACGAGGCGGCGACGGUGAACCAGGCAGUGCAGCAGACAGGCCGUGCGGUGGCGCACACGAGCAAGGCUGUGGGCAGCGCUCUCACACAGAUGUCAGGAUCCCUUAGCUCGUGGCUCGGCUGGAAGUGA